GUGUAAUCAAUCAGCACAAGCUUUAGAUAUUUUCACAUUAAAUAUUUUUAGAGGGUCUUCACUCUUUCUUCAUAAUCACAUGCGAGUAGCCAAAACGAUGAUGAUUUUAUCACAUGAUGAUAUGAUUUUAUAAUAUAGAAGUAUUGCUUAAUUUCGAUGAAGUAUAAUUUCUCGGGAUACCCCUAAAAAUAAGGGCUCUGAAUUCAUGAUGAUACCCAUGAGAACAUUGAUCACAGAUUUCCUUAAAACUUUCAAUUAUUGCUCACCUGACCUAAUAAUGUUCUUUUAAGUUUUUAACUCCCCCACCAUUUUACUUCAAAUCGCUGCUAAAUCUUCAGCGACUACGUUGCUUCACCUGCAAACUUCCUCUCGUUAGCCAUUUUUCAAGUUCUCGCCUUCAUCAAUGGCAACUGAAAAGAUUUGGGUGUCGAUUGUUUAACCCGAUUGAAAACAAUUUCAUUACCUUCUUGAAAUCUUGAUUUCAAUAAUCAAUACACUCUGUUUUUUUUUUCUUUUGUUUUCAUGGUGGGAAAAGGGGAAAUCAGUAGUGUUUUCGAGGUGGGUUCGCAACAAAAAGUCAAGAUUCAUUUGCUCUUUUGUUUUUUCUGUGUGGAUCUGGUCUGCUCUCUUUUCUUUUUCUCAUCACCGAACUAACGGAUACCAUGUGAGAAACUUAAUUUCGUGGUCAUUAAUGGCGGUUUUGUGACCUCAAUUUCAAAUUUCAUCAUCUGGGUGUUUCCUUUUAGUUAAACAUUUGAGAAAGAAUUUGGGUUUUAGUCGAUGGUGAUUACUUCUGUCUGGUAGCAAAUAAACACUCGAAAAAAGAAUAUGCCUCAAGAACGCUUGAGAUCAGUUGUGUAUCGAUCAUUUGUCACCUGCGAAGAUCCAAGAGGUGUCGUCGAAGGGAAAACAAUCAGAAUCUCCAAAACUCAUCCUACAAAAACGUUAAAGAAUUCGAAAGAAAAAGAAAAAGAAAAAGAAAAAAUGUCUUCUAGUAAAACCCCAUCUUCGUACGAGCUUGUCGAGGUCAAAAAUGGAGCUCAAAAGCUAAACGAAGCUAUCGAUUCUUGGUCAAACGGAGGUCAUUUCAGAAGUCAACCGAAAGAUAUAGCUAAAGAUUUGUUAAAAGGCGCUCUUGAUCUUCAAGAAUCUCUCAUGAUGCUUGGGAAAUUGCAAGAAGCUUCAUGUAUGGCUAAGUUGAAGAAAAAACAAGAAAAGUCGAGUGAAGUUCUUGUUGGAAAAAUCAACUCAGAUCAAUUCGAAAGCUUUCAAAGUUAUGAUAUGGGUUUUGAAAAGCAAAGAAAAUCAGAAAAUGGGUCUUCAAAAGAUUGUUAUUCAGAGCUAAGAGAUGUGAUUAGAGAUGGGCUUUCAAAACAAAAUCUUUUGCCAAACAAGUCUUUUCAAGAAAGUGCUUUUGCAGGUAGCAGGGAGCUAGCAGGUGAAAGGAAAUUGCAGUUGUCACCGGAUAUGGCUUCAACGAGUUCAAGUAGAUCUUCUUCAAUGGUGUAUUCGACUCAUGAGUUUACAUCUUCUGAGUCGUUAUCUUCAAGGGCUACCGAGGAUAAGUCAAAAGGGUCAAACUUGAUUGCAAAACUUAUGGGGUUAGAUGAGUUUCCUUCAAAACCAAUUCCUUCUACUCCUAUUAAUCAGUUGAAAAGUAGCAAAAUGAGGCCAUUUUUUGAUGUUGAUUUGCCAAAUGGAAAGAAACCGAACUUUUUUGCUCAAAAGAUGGAUAGAGAACAUAUGACAUUAGAUGAAAUCAUCAAAAUGGUGCAAACGAAAGGGCUUUUGAGAAGCAACAAACGGGAAAUUAAACAAAAAAGAUUUGAAGAUGAUGAUGUGCCACCGAUUGUUUUAAUGAAGCCCCAAAAAGGUAAAGGAAAUGUGAAUGUGAAUGUGAAUACAAGUUCGAUUAGAAAGCUUCAUCAAGAAAAGGCGAAAGCGGAAGAGAAAGCAAUGAAGAGUAGAGAGAAAUCGGGGUGUAAUAAGCAGAAAGGUUGUGUUCAAGGUGUUAUGAAACAAGAAAGAAAGCAAGAAAUAGAGAAAAAGAUAGAUAAGAUUCAAAAGAUUGCACCACAAUUAAAGAAGAAACAAGUUGAGAAUGUGAAAUUAACAAAUUCGGUUUCGAAAAAUGAUUCUUUGAAGCCAAAGAAAAAAGCUCUCACGAAUCCCAUCACAAAACGAAUAUCAUCUUCAGGUUUAUCUUCCAACAAGUCUAGUAAUCAAAAGAAGAAUGAGAAGUUGGAAAAAGUGGUCAACAAAGUCAACGAGCCAUCGUCUACCAUUAUUCAUGAAGUUUUACAUAUCAAUUCGCCUAAAGAGCAUGAAAUUCAAGAUUCUGAAGUUACAAGAAAUGAUCCGGAAGAAACGGGUGUUUCUGAUGUCAAUCAACCAAAAGACGAAAUCUUGAAAACUAUAAACAGUUUUCAAGAUUCCGAAAUCUUGAAAAUUGAAAGCAACAGUCAAGAUUUUGAAAUCUUGAAAACUGUAAGCAGUUUUCAAGAUUCCGAAAUCUUGCAAACUAUAGGCAGUUUUCAAGAUUUCGAGCCCACAAAUUCUGGGGUUUUUCAAGACUGUGUAAACGAGUUUUUGGAGCAUGAAAACCGAAGGAAAAAUCCAUGGCUUACAAUUUCCAUAUUAGCAUCAAGAAAUUGUGGUUUAGAAGAAGACGAGUUAAUGAGGGAGAUUGUGAAAGGAGUUGAAAAUUUAAGAAAUUAUAGUAAGUUUUCUAAUGAAAGUUCGAAUGGAGAUAAGGUUUAUGAGUUUUUAGAAAGAGAUUUAUGUUUAAAUAAAAUGGGAGGAACAUGGAGUAGUGGUUGGAAAGAUGGUUGUACUCUAGAUGAAGUUGAGGAAGCUGUGUUGGAUUUGGAGAAGAUCGUUUUAAGUAAAUUAAUUGAUGAUAUGCUUAUGGAACUUGUAUUAGAAAUAGGUUUUAGAUCGUGAUAAGUUUCUUUUGUAACGUUUUAUAGUAUAAAGAAAAUGGAAUAUCUAAUGAUAUUAUCAUAGUAUAUUUUCGGAUAUAAUGUUAUUGUAUGUAGAUAAAGAAAAAAGUUAAAUGAUAGAAAUAGUUGUGAACU